AUGGCCAAUUCCGCUGAUGAAAACGUACCAGAUCCUGAAAAGAAAAAGUAUUUCAAAGUUCAAGCAAAUCAUACUGCUCCAUUAGGAUAUAAGUACACGAAGGAUGACAUCAAAAACAGGAAAGAAACGUCUUUGAAACGAAAACGAUGGGAAGAGCACAAUCAGCGUUUAUCAACAGAAAAAAUUAAAAGAUCAAAUAUUUUGCGUCAUACCAUCAGCGGCACAUUGUUGCAGCAAGAGUCUGGAACUUUACUCACCUCAAGGAGUCUAGUUUUUGAGCAACGUGAAGCGACGUGUGCCAGGCUAUUUUCUAGGAACUGCCUAGUAGAUUUGGCUAGCUCCGAUGUCAAAUACCCAGUGUCUAGGUUUGCCAGAGACCCUUGGAGUGGGAAUCUCUUGGUUGCUAUUAAUACAGCGUCGUGUUUUAAUCUUCUCGUGUCAUCAAAUGGCCAAACCGGAGAAACCGUGCAUAUCUCAAUGUCUAGGCUCUUCAAUCCCUCAGAUCCGCAACCCGUCACCCAAUACGUAGUCGAUGCCGCAACCACAUUUUGCUAUCCCGGUUCCAUUGUGUGGUGCUCUGCUGCUUGCCCUAGCAGCACAGAGAGCAUUUUCGCGGCUGGUAAAUCCAAUGAGUUGCUAUUAGUCACGGGGAUAGAAUCAUCCUGGAACAUACGAUCCUUCAAAAUGUCACCGUGUGCUGAUGUCAUGGCCGUUGAAUGGCUGGCGCCUCAAGUGGUCAUGACAGGGCUGAAAAACUCCCUGGUGCGGCUCUAUGAUCUGCGGAGCCGGGAUACGGCGUCGAGACUGCAACAUCCACAUGGUGUAUAUAAGAUUCGGAAGGUAGAUGACUGGAGAAUCGUGGUUGCUGGAGCUCAGAAGAAUCUCCACAUGUACGAUCUCCGCUUUACCCCGAACACCAUCUCCGAAUAUCCUCAACCCAAUAAACCAACCCACACCUGGACAAAGCCAUAUCUUUCCUUUCCUGACUAUGCAAAUGACCUUAUCUCUCAUGACGAGCUAGAUAUAAGUGCGGAACUCGGUCUUCUCGCAUGUGGUUCCCAAUCUAACAGGAUCCAACUCUUCUCCCUCAGCACGGGCAAACUGGUUAUGCCACCACCCCUUUUCCCGUCUUCCUUGUCAUCCAUCCCGACACCUCAACAAGUACCCACUUCGUCAUCCAUCCCAAAUCAUUCACAGGGCGUUACAGAAUCGGGCAAUUCCGCCUGCAAGGACGUGCCGAUGACGCACAUCCAGUACGCGAAUCGGAUCAGAUGUUUGCGCUUUGAAAAUCUUGACGCAUUUCCAACCGUCAAUGGCGGGAUCAGCGCAGGGACGCCAAGUUUGUUGGUUAGUGCGGGGUCUACGGUUGAGGAGUGGCGCAUGUGA